GCAAUAAUACCAGCACUCAGGCCUCACUUAGGUGAUUUCUACUGCCCUAGUCGCCUGCUAUAACGGGAAGACUCUAUCGGCCUUUGAUGCUGUCAAUUCCCACUGCUACGCUUAUUGUGAAGCUCACGCAGUGCAUAGCCACUGGCCUGCUGAACGUUCUCACCAUGCCUCUCACGCUUUUGGACCCACGGUCAUCGUGCUGCUCAGCCCCAACAGUGAGCUCACUUGCCAGCCUCUCCAGCCCUUGUUUGCUGUCCGAUCUUUGGCGGGCCUUUUGUAUCAUGCGGGCAAUAGCCUUUUGAGUACAUCCACUGUCUCUGCCACGUUGUUGGACCCAUCAUUGACGUGCUGCUCAGCCCCAACAGUG